AUGACAGCAGAAGAUUUGAAAUCAACAACGACUAAUAGUAAGCGAAAAGUAGUAUCAUUUGUUUAUGCAGACUUACCAACUUUUGAAUUAUGUUUAUACUGCUGUUUUCUUUUUUCUUGCACGAGUUACGCAUGGUUUCAAGUGUUAGCCACCAGUAAUAAUUAUAAAUUUAAUAUUGGACAAUUGGCAUCACUGAAAACUUUACCGUUCUUUGGUCAGCGAUUUAAGGAUGAAUCAAAUUGGGAAUGGAAUAACUGGUCAUCGCUUGCACUGUCAUUACUGCCAUUUCUUCUAAUACAUUCCAUUAUUUUCAAUACUGCUGAACGUUUUGUAUCCGAUCAAGUUUUACAAUAUAUUACUAUUAUUUAUUCAGUCAUCUAUAGUUCAGUUCUAUUUACCAAAUGGCUUGUAUUUCUUUCACUCUUUCAAGGAACUCUUAUUUUUCUUGUCACUCAUCUCACUGGAUAUUGGAUUGCUACUUGGAUUAGCUCACUACCAGUUCUUUACUUAACUAUGCAUCAUACUUUUGAGAUAUCUCCGAAUCCGUUUCUAGUACUUACUUUCGUAUCCUACACAUUACUUUCGUAUAUAUCAUACAAUUUGGAAGCACAAGCUGGUGGAGCACGUCCCGAAGACAACACAUGGCUGAAGCGUUAUAUUCGAAUGCUCUUUUAUACUUUUUAUCCACCUUAUAUGAUUACUUUAGUUGUAACUUAUGCUGAUUUUGAACGUCAAAUGCGUGAACGUGUAAUGAAAAUACAUGAAUGGCGAAAUGUCUUGUUCUUAGUUGUUAGAAUCGCAUUCUGGUGGGUUUUCAUUGAUUUACUACUUCAUUUUGCCUACUUCGAAGGGAUUCUUUUCGAUCUCGAGUAUGCUAAGCGAUUACCAAAGGAUCAAUUUGUAUCACUGGGAAUGGCACUGGGGACAUUUUUCCAUCUCAAAUAUGUUGUAAUAUUUGGAUUACCGAGAAUUUUUGCUCUAGCCGAUAAAAUGCAGCCUGUUGAUGGUCCAAUCUGCAUUAAUCGAUUAGUACUAUAUUCAAAAGCUUGGCGCUACUUUGAUCGCGGCCUAUAUUCAUUUUUCAAAAAAUAUAUUUUCAUUCCAAUUUGCAGGCCAACUUUUUCAAUGACUAGAAAAGUCAUUGGUGUACUAAUUUCAUAUGGUUUUGUUUUGCUAUGGCAUGGAUUUUAUCAUUCAAAUAUAGUUUGGAUAAGUUUGAACAUCAUUGGCUUAUUUCUGGAAUAUGGUGCUAAAGCUAUUUAUACAAUCGAAAGUUUCCAAAAAUGGCGUGAAAUGCACAUUUCUGAUUUAGCAUUUCGGCGAAUUUUAGCUUGGCUUCGUGUAAUUCCAUUUGUACUUGGCAUUUAUUCAAAUUUUUACUUUUUAGGUGGAAGUGAAGUAGGUUAUAUGUUUGUUCUUAGGAUAUGGCUUGAAGAAACACUAACUUUAAGAUAUCCAGCUAUUUUUUUAAUUACUUUAGCUUAUGCUCAUUCACAAAUUUGCAUAGAAGUUGAUAGAAAGUUUGAUUCAGUGAGUUCUAAGGCACACUCUGAAUAA